UUUUAUGAAGAGAGUAGUUGAAAGAUAUGAAGAUAGCCGAACUCAAGUGUGUUAUAAUUGGCACCUAUUUUCUGAUCGUAUCAAUUUCUGCAGUGAAAUCCUCCACUGAAGAACUCACUGAUGUCAAAAGAAGCGAUUUUCCACACGGGUUUCUCUUUGGAGCUGCCACUUCCGCCUUUCAGGUGGAAGGAGCAUUUCAUGAAGAUGGGAAGAGCUUAAGCAAUUGGGAUAUUUUCUGCCACAUUGAUGGAAAUGUGAUAGAUGGGAGUACUGCUGAAAUAGCUGAUGAUCACUACCAUCGUUUCAUGGAAGAUAUUGAGAUAAUGGAAUCACUGGGGUUGACUGCUUACCGCCUUUCUAUUUCAUGGAGUAGAGUUCUGCCUAGAGGGAAGAUUGGUGUGAUUAACCAAGUUGCAAUCGACUUUUAUAGCAAGAUUAUCGAUAAUCUCCUGCUUAGAGGCAUUCAGCCUUUUGUGACGCUUUUCCACUUUGAGUUUCCUCACGAACUUGAAGAGCGAUUUGGGGGUUGGCUCAGUCCUCUGAUGCAAGAGGAGUACGUCUAUUUUGCUGAAGUGUGUUUCAGAAGCUUUUCAGAUCGAGUGAAGCAUUGGUUGACAUUCAAUGAGAUCAACUUGUAUGCAGAGUUCGCCUAUGAAAGGGCGGUGUUUCCACCCCUUCGUUGCUCGUCUCCGUUUGGUGACUGUGCUAGUGGGAAUUCGGAUGUUGAGCCUCUUGUUGCGGCUCACAAUAUGCUGCUGGCACAUGGCCAAGCUGCUAAGCUGUAUCGCGAGAGAUUUAAGUCAAAAAUGGAUGGUGUACUGGGCAUCACAGUGUCGGCUUUCAUGUACGUGCCAUUGACAGAUGACGAGAAUGACAAGGAAGCUGCAAAUCGGGCAUUGGCUUUCAACACUGGUUGGACGUUGGAUCCACUCGUGUUUGGGGAAUACCCUCCCGAAAUGAGGCAAAUCCAUGGAAGCGAACUACCACAAUUCACUGGAGAGCAAAGCUUGCUCUUGAGCAAGAGCAUAGACUUUAUCGGGAUAAACCACUAUGGCACGCUCUAUGCAAAGGACUGCAUCCACUCAGGCUGCAUAUGCAAUGACAGCAGCUGCACUGCAGGUAGUGACCGUGCAAUCCGUGGAUUCGUGUACACUGUUGGAGAACGCGAUGGCAUUCCAAUUGGGGAGAGGACUGGAAUGGAUCGAUUCUAUGUGGUACCAAGAGGCAUGGAAGAUAUCGUGGAUUACAUCAAGGAGAGAUACAACAAUGUGCCAAUGUUUGUCACUGAAAAUGGAUUUUCGUAUCCUGUUGAGAAAGACGACAGCUUCCAGCUCCAUGAUGUCGGGAGAAUCCAGUUUCAUCGGUCGUAUCUUGCACAUCUUGCUCAAGCUAUAAGGAAAGGGGGAGAUGUCCGUGGAUAUUUCGUGUGGAGCUUGAUGGAUAACUUUGAGUGGUCGAACGGAUACGGCAUCAAAUUCGGAUUAUAUCAGAUUGAGCACCCAACUUUGAAGAGGAUUCCCAAACUCUCAGCAACUUGGUACAGAGAUUUCUUGAACAAUUCCACCAUUUUUGAUGCAUCACGCCUUCAAUCUCAAUAACUAAACUACUAUGUGUGUUUGUUUAAAUCAGAAGUAGGUGUGCAAUAAUUCGACCUGCCAGUGUCUUUAUGUAUUGUGCAUAUACGGUCAUUAAUUAUGAUAUCCAUCAUGUCAACUACGUUUCUACAAAAAUUAAUGAAUGUAAUUUAUUUGUUUUUUAUAA